AUGACCGACGCCGCAAAGAGCGGCCGCCCAGGCAAUCUCGACGCUUCCCAACAAGAGGCGCUUGACCAGUUCCGCUCCACCAUCCAACAAAAGGGCAUCUUCAACCCGGAACGACACGACGACCCUUGCUUGUGCCGCUUCCUCCGUGCUCGCAAAUGGGACCUCGCCGCUACUGAAGCCAUGUUCACCGAGGCUGAAAAGUGGAGAACCGAGUUCAAGGUCGACGAGCUCUACCACUCGUUCGAAUAUCCUGAAAAGGAGAAGGUUGAUCAAUACUACCCCCAGUACUACCACAAGACAGACAAGGACGGUCGCCCCAUCUACAUCGAACAGCUCGGCAAGCUUGACAUCAAGGCUCUCUACCAAGUAACCACGCCAGAGCGCCAGAUCCAGAAGCUCGUCGUCGAAUACGAAAAGUUCCAGCGAGAGCGUCUCCCCGUCUGCUCGGCCACCAAGGGAGAGCUCGUAGAGACCUCGUGCACCAUCAUGGAUCUCAAGAACGUCGGCGUCUCCCAGUUCUGGAAGGUGUCCGGCUACGUUCAGCAAGCCUCCAACAUUGGUCAGCACUAUUACCCCGAGACCAUGGGCAAGUUCUAUAUCAUCAACGCUCCCUACAUCUUCACCACCGUCUGGUCCGUCAUCAAGGGCUGGCUCGACCCCGUCACAGUCGAAAAGAUCAAGAUUCUCGGUCACAAGUACAAAGAUGACCUUGUCCAGCAGAUCCCCGCCGAGAACCUCCCCGUCGAACUCGGAGGAACGUGCGCUUGCCCCAACGGCUGUUCGCUGUCGGACGCUGGUCCCUGGAACACUGAAGAAGGCCGCCAGAUCAUCGAAAAGGUGCGCGCCGAAGAGAAGUCUAAGCGAGAGCAGCACGAAAAGGAUGGUUCCGCUGUCGCCCCUGCCCCCGCCCCUGUUGAACAGAAUGGUUCAACAACCGCUUAG